AUGGCUCCAGGCUCAUCUGCCUCAAGUUCAAAAGAAGAAGAAACCAACAAGUUUCCUCUCUCAGCAGAAUCGAUUUCUGAACAGGAGGAUGGUAGAAAGACCGAGAAAGAAGCAACAGCGAAGAAACUCAAAAGAAACUCAAAGGGGAGUAACGAAGUGAUUGCAAAGGAACUCAAAGCUAGUGACAGUGAUGAAGGGAUCACAAAGAAACUAGAGGUACUGGAGUCUUAUUUCGGGACGGAUGGCAAGGAAACUGAGAUGAAGAAGUAUUUCAUCUUAGGAUUGAAUUCGUUAGAGGGAUCGAAAAAGAAAGAGAUGAUAAAGGAAAUAUUUGUAGAUCCAAGAAAGGUUGAGGCCGUGUUAAAAUGGGAAAGGCCUACCAACGUGAUAGAAAUCCGGAGUUUCUUGGGUCUUGCUGGAUAUUACCGAAGGUUUAUUGAAGGAUUCUCCACCAUAGCAUCACCUUUAACUAAGCUGACCCGCAAGGAAGUUCGGUUUGUUUGGUCGGAAGAGUGUGAAGCAAGCUUUCAAGAACUGAAGGAGAGACUCACUUCUGCUCCUGUGUUGGCCCUUCCAUCAGGGACAAAAGGGUUUGUGAAGACUGAUUCGGUGGAUAAGCUGGCAAAAUUGUAUGUAAAUGAAGUAAUCAGACUUCACGGAGUGCCGGUUUCAAUUAUAUCGGAUCGGGAUCCAAGGUUCACAUCAAGAUUGUGGCCUAGCUUACAAAGGGCAAUGGGGACAAAGUUGAAUCUGAGCACGACAUUUCAUCCUCAGACGGAUGGUCAAUCUGAAAGGACCAUCCAAACUCUUGAGGAUCUCUUGAGGUCAUGUGUGCUGGAGUUUGGAGGGAAUUGGGAGGAUCUCCUACCAUUGGAGAAAGGAAGCUUUUGGGACCCUGAGAUGGUGCAACUGACAAAUGACAAGGUGAGGGUGAUCAAAAAGAGAAUGAAGGAAGCCCAGGAUAGACAAAAAAGUUACGCAGAUCAGCCGAAGAAGGCCAGUUGGAAUUCCAAGUAG